AUGGGCGGCACCGGCAAGACCACACUCGCUCAGCUUCUCUACAACAAUGACCAAGUGAAGGAACACUUCAACUUGAAAGCAUGGGUCUGUGUUUCCACUGAGUUUCUUCUUCUCGAGCUUCUCUACAACAAUGACCAAGUGAAGGAAUACUUCGACUUGAAAGCAUGGAUCUGUGUUGCCACUGAGUUUCUUCUUCUCGAGGUAACCAAAUCAUUUCUUGCGGCCAUCGGUUGUAGACGUACAAAAGAUGACAGCCUAGAUUUGCUUCAGCGUCAACCCAAAGAGAGCCUUGUUAACAAGAAUUUUCUGCUUGUUCUCGACGACGUCUGGGAUGUGGAGUCCUUUGAUUGGGAAAGUUGGGGUAGCCUACGAACUCCGCUCCUGGGUGCAGCACAGGGAAGCAAGAUUCUUGUCACCAGUCGUGAUGAAUCUGUUGCAAAAACUAUGCGUGCAGUCUGCACUCAUCCUCUGGGAGAACUAAACCCUCCGCAUUGUUAG